UCUACUCUCUGCGUCUCUCUCACACGCGCACAUGCGCUCUCCUCAGUGUCAUCCACACUCAGGAUCAGCCACACGCGCUCAGUGGCUUUCCGCCUCGCCCACUGGCCCCGGGGGUGGUGCCCGGGAGGGGACACUUCCGUCGGAGCUGCUGCAGCCGCUGCCCGCGCUGCUCCCUCCGUUCCCGGACCCGGGCGAAGGUCGGUCUUCCCUCACCUGCGCCUUUCUGCGACACCUGUCCCGGAGCACUCGGCCCGCUCCACUCCCAAGGACACGCCAGUUAGCGCCGGCGGAAGACUGGCCACCCCGCCCAAGCGAUACGCCGCUCUCUCGACGCUUCUGAUUGGCUCAUCCAUUUCAAACGGCGGCUAAUCAUUCCAGAGGCCCCGCCCACAGGGCGUAUCGGGCACCCAAAGAGACAAGCCAUUGGUUGUUGCUCCUAAUAGGGGUGGGGCACGACGGAGACCGCCCCCACCCCCGCCGCUGAAUUCGGCCUUCGGAAAGAGCCCCCGGAACAGGGUAGCGGACAGAGCCGAACGCCGCCGCGAAGAGCCGAAUAGAGCCGGAGAGACCCGAGUAUAACCGGAGAAGCGCAGACCCGCCGGAAACGGAGCCGAGCCCGUCCGAAGGGAGCGGAGCGCUGCCGGGGGUUGGGCCCCGCCGAACCCGCGCCAUGGCGGCAGAGGGGACUGAUGUGGCCGGAGGCGGGACUGUUGGCGGCUGCCUGGCCAAGGACAACUUGCGGCAGUCUAAGAGCCCGGACGCGGCCCCGAACCGGCGGCGCUUCUCGUCGCUGUCGCGUGACGCCGAGCGCCGAGCCUACCAGUGGUGCCGGGAGUACUUGGGCGGGGCCUGGCGCCGAGUGCAGCCGGAGGAGCUGAGGGUUUACCCCGUGAGCGGAGGCCUCAGUAACCUGCUCUUCCGCUGCUCGCUCCCGGACCACCUGCCCAGCGUUGGCGAGGAGCCUCGGGAGGUGCUGCUGCGGCUGUAUGGGGCCAUCCUGCAGGGCGUGGACUCCCUGGUCCUCGAAAGCGUGAUGUUCGCCAUCCUUGCAGAGCGGUCACUGGGGCCCCAGCUCUAUGGAGUCUUUCCAGAGGGCCGACUGGAACAGUACAUCCCAGUACGCCCCAGCCCUGCCCGCUCCUCCCCAGGCACCUGCCCCAGCCCCUCCCCUCCCCAGUGUCUGCCUUCACGUCCCUCGCCCCAGAGCCGGCCACUGAAAACUCGAGAGCUUCGAGAGCCGGCGUUGUCAGCAGCCAUUGCCACGAAGAUGGCCCAGUUCCAUGGCAUGGAGAUGCCUUUCACCAAGGAGCCCCACUGGCUGUUUGGGACCAUGGAGCGAUACCUAAAGCAGAUCGAGGACCUGCGCCCCAGUGGCCUCCCCCAUAUGAACCUACUGGAGAUGUACAGCCUGAAGGAUGAGAUGGGCAACCUCAGGAAGUUACUAGACGCUACCCCAUCACCAGUGGUCUUCUGCCACAAUGACAUCCAGGAAGGGAACAUCUUGCUGCUCUCAGAGCCAGAAAAUGCUGACAGCCUCAUGCUGGUGGAUUUUGAGUACAGCAGUUACAACUACAGGGGCUUUGACAUCGGGAACCAUUUUUGUGAGUGGGUUUAUGAUUAUACUCAUGAGGAAUGGCCUUUCUACAAAGCAAGGCCCACAGAUUACCCCACUCAAGGACAGCAGCUCCAUUUUAUUCGCCAUUACCUGGCAGAGGUAAAGAAAGGUGAGACCCUCUCCCAAGAGGAGCAGAGAAGACUGGAAGAAGAUUUGCUGGUAGAGGUCAAUAGGUAUGCUCUGGCAUCCCAUUUCUUUUGGGGUCUGUGGUCUAUCCUGCAGGCAUCCAUGUCCACCAUAGAAUUUGGUUACAUGGAGUAUGCCCAGUCUCGGUUCCAGUUCUACUUCCAGCAGAAGAGGCAGCUGACCAGCUUCCAUCCCUCAUCCUGACUCUCCACCCUCCUAGUCCUUGGAUUUCUCCUAGAGCCUCCAGGGCAGGACCUUGGAGGGAAGGGCUAAGAGCAGAAGGCCCUGGGGACCGGGCUGAGGCCCAAGUGAGACUGGGGUUGAGGAGGCUGACCUCUCCCCGAGUUUGAGUAGGUCCUGUGGGGGGCAGGGAGCCCCUGUGCUGUGUACCUUAAGACAAUAAAUGUGCUUCUUCCUUCACAC